AUGGGCGACGUUGGCUGGCCGGUGAGCGGCAACCAAACCGAGCCCGAGCUGCCCGGGCUGAUUGGCAUGAAGCUCGAGGGCCCGUGGAUGCAGCAGCAGAUCCUCUUUUCUCUUUUUAUCGGCGCAGUGUCGCUGCUGGUGUUUGGCGUGUGGAAACGCCACUACCCGUCCAUGUACCUGGGCCAGUACACCCAGCAGGGGUCCGCGCUGCCGUACGACAAGAUGCGCAACAGCAUCCUGGGCUGGAUCUUGCCCAUCGUCCUGUACUCGGACCACAGCGUGCUGCACAUGGUCGGCCUCGACGGCGCAGUCGCGCUCCUCUUUCUCAAGAUGGGCUUUGCCUACCUGGUGCUGGCGAGCCUCUGGGCGGCGUUUGUGCUGAUCCCGGUAAACUACUACUCCAACGGCACCGUCGACGGCCUACGGGACGGAGAGCUCGACGGACGCAACGCGACGCUCACUGCGACGUUUAAGCACAUGCCCCGCGAGCCACUCCCGUACCUGCCGUUCCCGAAGCUCUUUACGCGCGACGCACUGUACGAGAACACGCAGCUGCUGAGCACGUACGUCUACUCGCUGCUCGCGCUGUACAUCCUGUGGCGCACCUAUACCGUUUUUAUCCGCUGCCGCCAGGGACACGCACUGACGCAGCUCAAGACCCAAACGGCCCGCACCGUCGAAGUGCGCGAGAUCCCGGCGCACCUCGCCAACGAGGAGGCGCUCAUCUCGUACUUUCGCGAGCUGCGCCUCGAGGUCGAGUGCCUGAGUGUCUUGCAGGAUACCAAGGCCCUGGACGUGCUCCUCCUCCGCCGCAUCCAGGCCCUCCGCCGCCUCGAGCGGACGUGGUCUGCGUACGUCGGCGACCCUGCGCGUGCGCGCAACUACGACCCGGAAGCCAUCCGCCAAGAGACGCUCGGGAUGCGCGCGCCGCCAACGCCGCGCGAUGCGCCCAAGGUCGGCGCCAAGGUCACGGUCGCAGGCAAGAAACGCCCGACGGUGCACGCCUCGUGGAACCUCUGUGCGCCGCGCGUCGACGCGAUCGAUGCACUCUCGUUCCAGUUUGCCGAGCUCGAUCGCGCGGUCCAGGAGAAGCGCGAGCAGGUGUUUGUACACGGACACACUGCAUUUGUCACUUUUACGCACGCCUCCAGCGCCCAGAUCGCGAGCCAGGUCGUGCACUAUCCCCGCCCGGGCUACUGUGAGACGCAGCCGGCGGUCGAGCCGCGCGAUAUCAUCUGGGUGAACGAGGAGCCGGGCGUGUGGGACCGCCGCUUCCGCCAGGGCAUCAUGGCCGUGCUCAUGGCGAUGCUCCUCGUCUUUACCCUGUCGCUGAGCGGUAUCCUGGGCUACCUGUUCCUUCCGCGUACGAUCAAGGACAACUUCCCGUGGCUGUACGAGCAGAUGCAGCGGAACUUGCGCCUGAAUGCGUUCGUGCGCAGCUCGCUCCCGACUCUGCUCCUGAUCUCGAUUAACGCGCUCGUACCGAUCGCGAUGCAGUACUCGACCUACUUCCAGCGCAUCCGCUCGCGCUCGCGCAUCGACCACAGCGUGCUGAACAAGUACUACCUCUACCUGCUCUUUUCGGUGGUGUUUGUCUUUGCUUUCUCCAACGUCCUCAGCUCGCUGCGGGAACUCGCCAAGAACCCGGCCUCGCUCCUGGACAAGCUCGCGAACUCGCUCCCGGGCGCACGGAACGUGUCGUUGUCUUAUGUCAUCUUCCAGGGACUCGCCCUGCAGCCGUUCCAGCUGAUCCAGCUCCCGACCGUGCUCCUCCGCCAAAUCUGGCGCUUGUUUGUGGUGAACACGCCGCGCGACCGUGCGCACGCAAUCCAGCCGCCGACCAUGUCGGUGAGCACGCUGUACCCGCAGGCGCUGCUCAUCUUUACCCUCUCGUUGAUCUACAGCAUCGUCGCGCCGCUCAUUGUCGUGUUCGGCGCAAUGUACUUUGCGGUCGCGUACGUCGUGCUCAAGUACCAGCUGCUCAACGUAUUUGACAAGCCCUACGACUCUCACGGCCACGCUUGGCCGCUGGCUGUGACGCGGUGCAUCUGGGCCCUGCUCCUCUUCCAGGUGUACCAGCUCUCACUGUUUUCCGUCAGGAAGCAGGUGCUCAACAGUCUGCUCAUUGUGCCGCUCCUCGCAUUCACGGGAUGGUUCCUGACGCACGUCAACCACGUGUUUGGGCCACUGACGUCGCACCUGAGCUUGUACGAUAUCUACUCGAUCAGCGAUGCGGAAGAGCACGCACACGCACAGCACGACGAGGACCAGGGCGACCGGCCGGCGACACGGCCAUUCGAGCCAGCCCUCGCUUGGAACCACCCGGGACUGCUCAACGACGGCCUCAGCCAGUACGGACAGCCGGCGCUGACUAGCACACUACCUAGCCUGUGGCUCCCAGAGAACACGGAUGUAUUGUCAUAG